AAAAUGGAAGAAAAUGCUUUGAAUUUACAGACUUUCAUCGUUAUGCUACUUUUUGCAGGGCAAUGUAGUGGAGUGAGGAUGGUUGAACUGCUGAUUCCAGAUCAAGUUCUGCUGGGUGAACGAGCUGUACUGCAAUGUUUGUAUGAUCUCGAAGGAGAAGAACUGUACAGUGUAAAAUGGUAUAAACAGGGCCAGGAAUUCUUCAGAUAUAUACCAGGAGACAGAGAGCAGAAAAUUGUAACAUUUAGUCUUCCUGGAAUAUUUGUAGAGAAAAUGAACUCAAAUGCAAACAGGGUGACUUUGAGAAAUGUUAAUUUGGGCUCUACUGGUCGAUACAGAUGCGAAGUAUCUGCUGAGGCCCCUCUGUUUAAUACUGUAUCACAGAGUAAAAGAAUGCAGAUUGUAGCAAUGCCACGAGCUGGACCUCGUAUAUCUGGAGGCCGAGGAGGAUAUUCAGUUGGAGAUCUGGUUCAUUUGAACUGUACAUCAGAUAAAUCCCAUCCUGCAGCCAACCUCACUUGGAAGAUUAACAACCAACCGGUAAAUGGGCAUUUAUUACAUCACUACCCAGUGAUCAAACAUGAGAGUGGGUUAGAAACAUCCAUUCUGGGAUUAGAGUUUAAGGUUUUUCAAGAUCAUCUUAUUGGAGAUAGUAUGGAACUUGAUCUAAAGUGCACAAGCUCCCUAACUUUUACAGCUAGCUCCCAAAAUACAGAACUAAGGAGACAGCACCUUGAAACUGCUAGAUUAGUGAGCAGUGCAUUAAGAAAUACAGGGGUUUUUUUGCUUCUGCCCAUCAUUCUCUUCUUCUACUUUUAGAUAACAAAAUAUGAUAUUUAUCAUUGAUUAUCAGUAUAAUGUAAACUUUUAUAAUAACAAAAAUAUUAUCUCUAAGAUGAA